CACCGCUUUUCUUAUCAAGGGCAAUCGCUGACGAGACCAGUCACAACCUGUAAAAUAUGGCCUAAUCGAAACACGUAUAAUCUUCCGAAUUGGUCCCAGCAACGCUGUGAGACCGCUUCACAGAGACUGUCGAUUUCCGUUUCAGACAUCAGUUGUGCUAAUGGAAUGCCGUUCACUCGGCAGUAUUGUGGUAGCGGAUACGUUUCCCAAUCACUCCCAAUCGCCAAAGCCGUCACAUCUUUUACGGAGACCCCAACGCGUUUCGCAAUU